CGAUGGCGCACCGCGGCGAGGCGGCCUACGCUGACAUGGUCUCGGUCGGCGUCCAUGUGGAGGCCUCCGACUCGGGCGGUGUGUCUCCUGAAGGUGGUCGGGAGGAAGGCAUCCACCCAUCACGGCUUCGUAUGCCCCGUGUCUAUCUCCGUGGUGUGCCGGGAAAUACUCCGUUUGCUCGGCUGAGGGAGAUGCUUGCUGAUCCGGAGAUCCAGGCUCAGCUGGUGGCCCAGAUCGGCGACGGUGCUGAUGGCGAUGAGCCGGGGGCUGGUGUUGAUGGUGAGGCCUUGGCGGCGCUGGGGGGGAUGGCGAGGUUCAAGCUCCCAGUCUUUGGCUUUGAUUCUGACUCGGACGAGGGCGGUGUGUCUGAAGGUGAGGACGUGGGCGACUACGUGGGCGCCGACAUUCCGGCGCUGGCCAGCAACGGGCUCUGGGUCAUGCUGCACAUUGUGGCGGACACCGCGUCAGACUCAGAGGCUGCUGGCGCUGCGGCGUCGCGCGAGCCCGUCUCGCUGCUGGAUGCUGCGCUUGCUCGUGCUCGCGGCAAGGUCAACUCUGCUGUCAUCCGUGACAUGGACCGCAUCGGCCGCUCUGGUAACGCAGCCGAUGCCGUCGACGACUUGGGGAGCCGAUCACGGGGCAAGGGCAAGGGCAAGGGAAAGGGCAAGGGCAAGGGCAAGGGCAAGGGCAAGGGCAAGGGCAAAAGUAAGAGCAAGGGCAAGGGUAAGAGCAAGAGCAGGCGGAAGGGUAAGGGCAAGAGCAAGAGCAAGAGCAAGAACACGACGAGCGAUGGGCCCCAGCUCUAG